CUCGCUCUUACUCUGACAUCGACACAAGGAUGUGGCCACUUCCGCUCUGCUUUUCCUGCUUGCUCAGGUUUUGCUCUAUCGGUUGGCCUCUCGCACAGGGGGGAAUCGCCGGCAGCCCUGAGGAAGGAAAGAUGUGGAGGAAACUUGCUUUGCAGGAGGUAAGACGCCCACGCUUGCUGUUUGACACUGGAGGACAAAGGGGGGGGUGUCACCCUUAUUUGGGCUGAAAUAGGUUUCAGAUGGGGAACAAACCACUCAAAUGGCACAGGCGGGUUUAAGACACGGAGCCCCAGAAGAACGAUACACAGCCUGCGUAGGAACGACAUUUCGUGGCUUUCCUGCUAGGAACCUGGGAGAAAACAACGGAUCUCUCGGACAGUCGCUGUCAGACACGCCGAGGUGCUCAUAACUCUCGCAGGGCGGGUCUAAAAAUAUGCAGCGGCCGUAUUCACAGUCUCCCACAAGCGCCUCUGCAGAAUCACAGAGAAACGAGCCCUCUUGCGUUUCAUGCGCUCUCUGCUUCCAGGGGACAUUUGAGGUGCUUGAAACAAAGCACCCGCUGACGUGCUUUGCUGGCCCGGCGCCUGCAUGAGGCAGAGAGGCGCACAGUGACUGAAGCAGAGCGCUGGAGGAAUGGCGGAUAAAUACUAUUCUUCGAACUAACACGGUGCCGAAGAUUGCCCUCUUGUAACCGUGAUUGAGGGCGUUCCUGGCCAUAGGACGUACAAAUGCUGACACGUGUAACGGAUUGAUUUCUCGCCAUCCCGCUCGCGGUGGGAUACGGCUGUCUGGAUUUUUUGGAAGGCUUUUUUUUUUUUCCGUAGAGGGGCCCCGCCGGAGUUUUGCAGGGUGGCCAGCGUGCGGAUUGAUACGCUUUGCGCAGAAGGAGGCAGGAUUAAGGGCCGGGCCUGCUUGGGGGGUGCCCGGAUGACCAUGUGGGCGCCAGACUCAGACCAUGCACCAUGAUAUGGUACAGCUCUGCCACCCAUCCCUUUGCCUUUGCGAGCAUCACCUUUAAAGUCGUCGUCUUACUCCAGCGCGCUGGGCAAGCAGUACCUGACCCCCGCCUCAGCCAAUGUCAACAGGAAAUCUCUAUGUCUGUGCCUGAGGGCGGCGAUGCGCAACAGCCCCUUAACCUCUCAGACCACUUUGCCCAGCUGUCCUGGUAUGAUGCCUUGGCUGGGACAUGGGCGCCGAUAGCCGUCAUCCGUCCAGGGAAAUCAAACCCGCUCCACAGCUCCUUCGCCGGGCACAUCUCUGUGUCCAACAGAUGGUUCACCGUGGUGAACGCCGGCAAAGCCAUUGCAGGGGUUUAUAAGAUUGAAUCUGAGAUGAAGAAAAGCAAGUGUCUGGUUUUCAUCCGUCUGAUUGUAACAGAGCCCGCGCCAACCUCAGCGCCAACCUCAGCUCCGGCCUCCCAGGUGGCCCUGGUCAGCGUUGGGACGGCAGCUGCGGAGCCCGGAUCUUGGUCCAACCGUAUUGCGGAGGUGGUGGUGCCGGUGGUGGGGGCAGUGAUGGUGGUGGCGCUGCUGAUAUGGCAGAUAAAGAAUAUUGCUCGCUACAUGCGCUUGUUCUGCAGCCGUCGUGACUUCCCUGCCAGAGCCGCUCCAUUCCAGCAGGCCGGCGACUCAGGCCCCAUGCAGGAGAUGCAGGAGCUGGCAGAGCUGACGCAGCCGGAGGACGCCAGCGGUGGGGAUCGGUCGGCCAUGAUGAAUGGGAAACUUCUCGGCAGUGCUGAAAUGCUAAACGCUGGGGGACUGGACAGUGGGGAGGGAUGAACCCCUCCCCAUCUGUCAACAUGCACUCAAUGUGCAGCGGCAGUCAAAAAAGCGAACAGAACGUUGGGUCUCAUUAAGAAAGGGACAGAAAACAUCAUGUUCAUAGAAUCAUAGAAUAUCAGGAUUGGA